UUCACAGUUUUUUACUUCAAACUGUCAUUUUGAAUUGUUUAUUGUUUUCGAAACGUUUCGAAAUUCGCAUGAAUCAUCGAACGCCUGAGGCCAUCGUAAUCGCAAGUUACAGAAUAAGCACCUAACAGAGGACUUUGAGUGGCGCUUGAGCGAUUUCUGUCGUACGGGAAGCGUAGUGGUGUAUUGAUACAAGCGAGACUCGUAUGAACAAAAGACUAGACUGCGGUUGGAAAACGUUGCUGGGGCUUCUUGAAAGACGAUACCUGGGUUAGGACGCCGAGACACAGUGAUGGGCCACUUCUAGGCUAUCACCAGCAGCAGCAGUUGCAGCAGCAACCAGCAAUCAGCCACCAGCAGCAACAACUCGUUGAACCAGCGUCCUAGAGCUACUCGUGGUUGCUUGGAGAGUGGCAAAAGGACCAUGAUUGACCUCGGCCUGACAAAGGGCAGCUAGAAGAAAGUGCAUCGCCACAGUCUAGUGAUAUUGGCAGAGACGACGACAAAGUGCAGUGACGCAUCAUCCCUACGCGUAGCUGCUCUGAGUGUGUGAGCAAAGUGCAGUGACACCAACACCAAAAACCCCGGACGAGGUCAAGCGAUACAAACAUUGUCCUUCACCACUGUGUAUACAUUCCAACAGUCAAGCCACCCGCAUUUCCGUAUCCACUGGGUAAAACCAUAAUCUCCGGACGCCUGACGCCCGUUAUCAACUCAACAAUCAACCCCGUUUCCUGCCGUCUUCUCUCAACCCAUACGACGACGACGACGACAUUUCCAGACGGAUAACCCGGAACCAAGCAACCAUGCCCAUCAUUUACAGUGCGAUUUCGCGCGGCCAGACGGUUCUGGCGAAGUAUGCCGAUUGCGUCGGUAACUUUACCGAAGUGGCGGAACAGAUCAUCGAUCGUAUGGACGAGAAUGCGCCCAAGCUCACGUACAAACACGGCAAUUAUCUGAUUCACCUGAUCCGCGACAAUCAGAUCAUCUACAUGUGCAUCACGGACGACAAAUUCGAGCUCAACCGAGCGUUUGCGUUCCUGAUGGAGGUGAAAAACCGCUUCACACAGAUGUACGGGCUGACGGUGGCCACCGCGAUCGCGUACGCUAUGAACACAGAAUUCUCGACCGUGCUGUCCUCGCUGAUGUCGAGCUACAGUGACGACACGCAUACCGACACAAUCGGGCAGGUGAAGGAGCAGAUCGACGAACUGCGCACCAUCAUGGUGAAGAAUAUCGAAGGUGUUAUCGGGCGCGGCGAGCGGAUCGAUCGGUUGGAGACCGCCGCCGAUGGGCUGCUCGGUAGCUCUACGUCGUUCCGGCAGUCCUCUCGCCGGCUGUCCCGUGCCAUGUUUUGGCGCAGCGUCCGUAUGUACGUGCUGCUCGCUGCGAUUGUGCUGUUCAUGAUCUACGUCAUCGUCAGUAUGGCCUGUGGGGGGCUACUGUGGCAGAGCUGUCUCGCGUCUCCGUCCACCGGAGGCGCGUAAGAGUCGCGUUCGGCAAGCGAAGGUGGUUUGUUAUGUUUUUUUUUACUCUUUGCGUUAAAGAUGUGCUACCGAAUGGAUGGAUGGACAGAAACCGAUUAAGAGAGAAAGAGUGAACGAACGAGAAAUUGGGGGCAUAUGGCAGGAGCAAGUGAAACGCUACUGAUAAACUAUACAGUUUCUUUUUUUAUAAGAUAACUUUACUCCCGCCCCAAACAUACACUUACAAAACGCCUCGUUCCUUUGCGGAGCUGACGCGGCAACCAUCCAGCUCGAUGGCUAGGCAUUCACGUUACGAAUACACUCAGUAUCCAGUAGAAUAUCGUGUCCCCGACCCGGGAAGCCCAUACUGCAUACUAUCUUCGUUACGAUAACAGUAAUCCAAAUAGCUCAAGAAACACCGAUUUGCCUGUUUGUAAUCCGUUUAUCCGAUUCAAUUCUGCCGAUUGUGUGAUAUUGCGAUUGAAUGUUUCUUUUCCCAUUGCUCCUACUUCAGCAAAUUCCUUAAGUUUUUUAAAUUAUAUUUUCUCUAAGAUCUUGCAUUAUUUUGUACCCGCAUAUGUGUUGGUAAUAUUUUUUCUUUGCGGGGAUUCCGUGAUCGGCACGGAAGGGCGGUAGUUCUGCUCGCUCCGUGCACAUUCCUUAGCGGUGCCUUAGCGUGGUGCGAACCUGGAACGUGCAAUGCACAGGGCGCCCGAAUUCACACUAUGUUCUACGAACGCUAUUACGUUGGUUUCGUACGACUGAACCCCACGCAAACAGUACAGCAAAUUUUCGCGAACUCAUCAUCAUAUACACUGAGAGAGUAAACUGUAACUGUGUCUAAACUAUGUGAUCGCGAUCUUUCGCCCGUCAUAGACGACGAGCUGGGGAAAGGGUUUUUUUUUCCAUUUCUUAUUGUUACAGAACCAGCGAAACCCCACCAGCGUCUUCUCGCGCAUCUGUAUCUGCUCGCUCUCGCAGCAUCUACGCUAUUCAAACACUUUUCCUAUAGACGAACCCGUUUUUGGCCGAAAAAGUAAUCUCGAAUAGAACAAUACGAACGAAGGCGUACGAAAUGAGACUUAUGAGUAUGUGAAAUGUAUAGUGGUAAAGGAAUCCUGGCGCCGCUACUAGGAUUAGGAGAGGAUUGGAGGAUUGAAAUGGCGACACCGGUCGCAUUUAGAGCGUUCACCCAGAAUAUACUGUUACUGCUAAUUCGAAUGCUGUUUUCGUGUAUCCCUCACAGACAUUGAUGCAAAUAUAUUAUCAAGACCCCUUUUAGUA